CCAUCCUACAACUGAACGACUUGCGAGUUGCGAGUUGCGACUACGAUGAUAACAUUUUUCCUCCAUUUUUUCCAGUCCAAACCCUAGUCAGUAGUCACCACCAGUCCACCACCACGCUGACCCUCUUGCUCCGCCCGAUAAUUCCCGCACUUCCAUUCCGCCUCGCCCGCCGUCGCUCCCGCCUCGCCCGCCACCGUCCCCCGCAAUAACGGAAAAAACCCUUUCUCCAUGUUGCAAUUUCCUUGUGCGCUGCAGAGCUGGAGCGUCCCACUGUUCCCAACUCCAACCAGCGGCGUAAAGUUUCCGCCUUUCCCUGAUAACAACAGGAGGAUUCAGAUCACUAGACCAAAACCUAGACAGUACAGGUGGUGGAGAAUAGCCUUGGCAUUGAACACGGGGGGUGGCUUACCGGGUAAUGGAGAGCAGAACCUCAAUGGGGGUGAUGGCGGUGGUGAUGGUUCGGGGCUUGGCGGUACGAGGCUGGGGCGGAUAGUCAGUGCAGGUGGGAGGCAGCUACUGGACAAGCUGAAUUCGACAAGGAAGAAUUUCCCCAUGAAGGUGUUCCUCCUGCUGCUGGGAUUCUACACCGCGAACGCGCUGGCUACGAUACUGGGGCAGACAGGGGACUGGGACGUGCUGGUUGCUGGUGUUGUGGUUGCGGCGAUCGAAGGGAUUGGGGUGCUCAUGUAUGGGAAGAUCAGACCUGCUUCGUUAUCGAAAGAUGAGAGGUUCAGGUAUUUUGUUGGGAUGUUGAAUUUUUGGAAAGCUGGCCUCUGCUUGGGGCUCUUUGUGGAUGCUUUUAAGUUGGGCAGUUGAAGCAAAGAAGAGAUGGCAUUGGAGAAGCUGAGUUUUGUUUGUAGGUUUUGCUGGUGGUCUCUCUGUAUAUCUCAGUUGCUGGUGUGUUCAUGAGAAUGUUUGUAUAUGAUCACUAGCACGCAGCUUGUGGUGCUGGUGAUGAUUCUGCGAUUGAUUAUAGUUUGUACGGUUGACAUAGAAGAAUAGGAUGGACCUCAGGUUUGACGUCCGACCAGAACAAACCGAAAUAACUGCCGAGAGUUGGGGCAGUGGAUAAUAUAAUUCACAGAUUUGAUGGUAUUGUGGUCUGGUCUUCUCUGCUUACCAAGCAAU